AUGGAGGCACCUCGUGACGUACCUUCAACGCAACAAGAUCCAUUUAAUUUCACGGGGCAACAACCAGAAGAGACGGCGCACAGGUCAUUUCAAUUUACAUGUACAUUGGAAGAUCGUGAAAAACGUAAACGGGCUGCGGCAGUGCGAUGGACGUCAGCUUUUCAAGACACCGCCGUGAAGACUUCAGGAGGAAAACAUUGCACGGAGGUCCCGUCUGUAAACGAGCCACCUUCGCCGAAAAUAAAUUCAUUGCAUGUUGUUGCCGCAUCCAAUGACACCACGAAGGCCAUUGCGUCAGGAGACGGUCCACUCUCCCUUGAGAGCCUUCUCCAUGAAUCGCAGCAGCAGCUUUCGGCAUUGUUGUGGCAAAAACGUCGCUGCCGCACACUACAGGCGGCGUUGGAUGCCUCACUGGAGCGGCAGAAGGUCCUGGAAAACGCCCUUGUUGAGUCAAGUGGCGAGUCACAAGAGACGAGAGAGCAGUACCGCGCGUAUGUUGCCACGACGGCAGAGGAAUUACGUCAGACGAGGAAGUCGUUGAGGGCGAGUGAGACGGCGUUGCGGGCCAUGGAGGACGAGGUGGGUGGGCUUCGGAGGGAAAAUGAACGGCUCCGCCAGUUGCAUAAACAGGCGGAAGAGGAUCACACGGUGCGGCGCCGCCAACAAGAAAGAAUGGAGGAUCAACUGUCGUGUCUACUUGCAGAGAAGGAGCGGAUCCAGGGGGAACUGAGUACGUCCCGGGCACGCUGCCGUGAGCUGGAGACGUUGCAGACUGCGAAAGAAACAACAAUUGACGAGUCUGCAGAAAGCAACGAUGAAACGAAGAACAUGAACAAGAAAAAGAUCAUCCAUGGCAAUGACGAUAAUGGUGGCGGUGACGCUGCAAGAAGGGACGAGAUAAACACGAUUAUAACUCUGCUAGAGGACGAAUUGGACCGUCGGCAUGCGGAGAUGGGUGCCAUGAAGGAAUCCACCGAAGCAUUUCGGGAGGAGAUGCGGCAGGUGGUUGGUAUGGCAUGUAAACGGUUGACGGUAGUGAGUCAACGUGGUGCUCAACUGACGUCAGUCCUCGCAUGCGACGGUAAACAACUGCAGCGAGGGAUGGAAGAGGAUGUGGAGAAUGGAGGGGACAUGGAUUCCCUUUUCGCCACACUCGCAAUUAUUGUGCGGCGUCUGGAGCAGCAGUGGGGUUGCUUGGAGGAGAGGGUAAUGUCAAGGGAAAGUGAAUCCCAAGAAAAACAAAAGGAACUGCAGAAUCAAUUAGAUGCCAUGAAAGAGGCACAUCUGGCAGAGCUGCAGACGAUAAAGAGCACCAGGCAGGAGGCGACAGAGCGGCUACAUCAAAUGGAAAUUCGGUACACGCAGCUGCUCCGCGCUAUGGAACGACAGAGUCAAAUGGUGCUUACCGCCACCAACACCGACAUGCGAAUCAGCAGGGGAAACAAAACAUCACGCACUAAAGAAAAGCCUGGGAAUAAACAGGAGGAUGGCGACAAGAAUAGUGAUGACAGUAGCAGUAACAAUAGCAGUCAUGAGGAAUACAUAGAGGGGCGGGGCGAGGAACGCGGGAAAAGAAUGGCAUGUGAAAAAGAAAAAUUUCAAACAUAUGAGUGGCACUUUGGCAGGAAGGAGUUUAUGACAUGUGAGACGAUAUUGGAUCCUUCCCAUGAUAGAAUGGUGUAUACGUUGCUGCGGCGUACACGCCAGGCGACAAGAAACGCAAUCCGGCAACUACGCGAGGCACGUUCAAAGCAUGACACUCUUCUUAAGCUGCAGGAGGAGAAGCAACGGCAAUCGAUGGCCAUAAGUGAGGAACGCGUAAGGAAUCAAGCCAUAGUGAAGCGUUUGCAGACGUCUCUGAAGACGGCGCACGACACGGAGUCUUCUUUGAAAACGAAAAUUGCUGCGAUCAUGCGUACAGCUGAGGUAGAAAGAAAUUCUCUUGUACGGCGAGCGGAGGCUGCGGAGCGUGAUGUGCAGGCCAAGUCUAAACAGGAACGGCUGCUGCAGCGGCAAGUACGUGAGAUGCAGGAACAAUAUGAGGCGGCAAAGCAGGAGUUGACCGCGCGUGAUGAUAAGAUUGCCGAACUCAGCGCAGAGCUUGCCGAAGGUCAAAGUACGACCCGUGAGAAACAAUUUGACUUGAAUACACUACACCAUCGAUGUGAAGAUUUGGUUCGCAUGACAGAUGUUCUGGAGACCCGAGUGCGGCGUGAAAUACGGAAUCAAGACGUAUUCUAUGAACUCUUAAGGAAGCUGUGCGGCGCUGUGGCAGUCCUGACGCUGCGGUUGAGUACCGUGGCGGAGGAGCGGGAUGCUCUUUGGCGUGCCUACGAAGCGCGAGAAACCGACUGUCGGGCCGCCAUUCAAGUGCUUCAGGAGUUUAUGAAGAAGGAGGAGGAGGAAGGACAGGAAUUGGAGUUGGGUUUGCAUAAAAUUGGCCGUGUGUUACCUUCGCAUCAUGGACGCUCAUUUUAUGUCGUUGUGGCCGUUGUGAUAGCAUGUCAUCGUAUGCAGCAUCUGCUGUCUUUUCGUCACAGUAGGCGCCACGUCAUGUUUGCCGUAUACAAUGAGGAUGACAACAGCACAAACCUUAGAAACAAUGGUCGUGAUUUGAGCGGAUUUGCUCUUUCACCGUGGCACAUGCUGAAAUCCAGAAAUGUUCUUUCUCUUGUGGCGUCGGUGCCGCGUGUGUCGGCGGCUCUUCGGUGGCAAACUGGGGGAACGAGGAUGCCGUUUGUCCACCUUCCACCGCUGAAGACCCUUCUUUCUGUCAUUGCGUCUCGUGAUGGAAACGGCACUGCAGAGCAUGAAAUGAACGAUACAUUGGAGCAAAUAUUAGCCCUUGCAGAGCUGGACAACAACAUGGAGACCAAUCGAUUCUGGCUUGAAGCGCAUAUUUCACGGGGUGCGGCUUCUGCUGCUGCUGCUGCAGGUGGUGGUGGUGGUGGCGCUGCUUGGACGCGUCGUGGUUUGCCGUGCGUCAAUUCCCAGCUCAUACAUUGCCGUGGGAUGCUUGCAGAGAAACUUCAUUAUGUUUUGCACACCGUCCGUGAUGCCGCCACGGAGUUUCGGCAAAAGAUGCGUCAGAAAGACGCCUCCAUUCAAAUAGCAGAGGAGGAGAGCCACCAACUGCGCUCCAUGGUUCAGGAACGCGAAGGAAUUGCCGCAGGUUUUGCCCAGCAACUUCGCGAGUAUGAGGAACAUGUGGCGACCGCUUUUGUAGGCCGUGAUUUUUAUCAAGAGCUACAGGAUAGGUUGCGUGCGGCCCACGACGCCCUCCAGGAGGAACGUGAGGCACGGCGGAAAAUAGAAGAGGUCAAUGCCGCUCUGCGCCAAAGGGAGAUUGAGUUGACACGAAUUGUGCAGCUCUUACGGGAUGAGGUGCGGUCACUGUCUAUAGAGUUGGCGGAACAGGCUUCUCAUGAUGAUUCUCAUUGUCAGCGUAUAGAUGGCUAUUUGUCGACACUGCGCCUGUCACCAUCUCGGAGAAAAACAAUGAAUACCAGCAGAGAGAGCAAUAAGACACAGUUGUACGUCCCUCGAUCUGUGAAACUCACUUCUUUGCCGUUUACUGCUAUCUCCUCCAUGAACACACAUGAAAACACAAACAACGAAGAUGGCGGUAAGUUGGACGAGGCAGUGCGGCAAGUUCUUUCGGGCCUUGCGUCGCGGCUGGAGCAGGCUGAGGGUAACCCACUGCAGCCAUGA